AUGCCAUUGAGAAACCUAACAAGUGAGUUCAUUCAUAGCAGUGAGAGUAACAGUGAUAGCCAAGAACAACUCACAGAAAGUUACACUCCUUCAUUCGUAGCAGAAUUUUCAAAUGAUGACGACACUUAUAGUAAUAAUGAUGCUAAUAAUUUAGAUAACCCAUUCCUGGAAAGCACGGAAAGUGUUAAUCCAGAAGCACAGCAUUUAUUACAGGAAAGCUCUCGGGACAGUUCUAACUCAAAAUUGCGUGUUGUCAAUGAAAGGAAAGUUCCAAAUUCGUACGACUAUAACGGGUACUAUAGAAUUAAUAGUCAAAGUAAUGAAAAUAAUGAUGCUGAUAAUAUUCUCAAAAAAUAUAAGAACACUAGCGGUAAUAAUAAUGGUGGUUCACUACAAUCUCCUAAUUUCUCCAUAUCCGAGAGUCUAAUUCAGGAACCAAAACCAUUUGAUCGCUAUCCGAAAUUCAACAUAGUGCCAAAGAACAGAAAUGGUUUGCCUAGCACUAAUUCUUCGUCUUCUUCCUCAAAUUUUCUGGCAGGCACAGCAGACUUUUCGCCUUUUGGUGGAUAUCCAGCAACUUCUUUUCCACUUUCAAUGGACGAGAAAGAAGAUGAUGAUCAUAUACAUAAUCCUGAUUUGGAGGAAGAGUCAAGGCUAGACAAGAGGCGAUUUUUAUAUGAUAUGAGGCAUAUGGAUUUACGAUCCUUUCUGGGCCUGGUUGGUGUACUAACUUUAUUCCUCGGUGGUUUGGCCUUGUUUGUAGUGUUACCAGCUUUAACAUUUACUGACGCAAUUCAUAGAACAGGGACUACCUAUGAGUAUGUGGAAGUACUGACGGAAUACCAAUAUCCAACAUUACAAGCCAUAAGAACUAAUCUAGUUGAUCCAGACACUCCAUCAGACGCUAAGACAAUAACAGCUAAAGAUGGUUCCACAUGGAAACUUGUAUUUUCUGAUGAGUUUAAUGCAGAAGGUAGAACUUUUUAUGCUGGCGAUGACCAAUUUUGGACCGCCCCAGAUUUCCAUUAUGCAGCAACAGCUGAUCUGGAAUGGUAUACCCCAGAUGCUGUCACCACUAAAGAAGGUACAGUUAAACUUAGAAUGGAUGCUUUCAGAAACCAUGACCUCUAUUAUAGAUCAGGUAUGUUACAAAGUUGGAAUAAGUUAUGUUUCACUCAAGGAAGCUUAAAAAUAUCAGCAAAUUUACCGAAUUAUGGUAGCGUUUCUGGUUUAUGGCCUGGUCUUUGGACAAUGGGAAAUCUAGGAAGACCUGGCUACAUGGCUACUACUGAUGGUGUUUGGCCUUAUAGCUAUGAUAGUUGUGAUGCUGGCAUCACACCAAAUCAGAGUUCACCAGAUGGUAUAUCUUAUCUACCGGGUCAAAGGUUAAGCGCUUGCACUUGUGAUGGUGAAGAUCAUCCAAAUCCUGGCACUGGUAGAGGUGCUCCCGAAAUUGAUUUGAUUGAGGCUGAGGCUGAUACCGUUUUAAAAGUGGGCGUUGCUUCCCAAUCGUUACAAAUCGCGCCAUUUGAUAUUUGGUACAUCCCUGAUUAUAGUUUCAUAGAAAUUUACAAUUUUUCUACAACAGUAAUGAAUUCAUAUUGUGGCGGACCAUAUCAACAAGCUGUUUCCGCUGUUUCCACAUUAAAUGUAACCUGGUACGAAUUUGGGAAAGAUUCAGGAUCAUUUCAGGUAUAUGGCCUUGAAUAUCUUAAUGAUGAUGUCAACGGUUAUGUUCGUUGGUUUGUAGGAGAAAAGCCAACUUUUACCUUAUAUGCAAGUGCAUUGCAUCCAAAUGGAAAUAUUGGUUGGAGAAGAAUUAGUAAAGAACCUAUGUCAAUUAUAAUGAACAUGGGUAUUUCCAAUAACUGGGCUUACAUUGACUGGCAGAUGAUAUUCUUCCCAGUUUCUAUGUCUGUCGACUAUGUUCGACUCUAUCAGCCAAGUAAUGCAAUCUCGGUGACCUGUGAUCCUGAUGACUAUCCGACCUACGAUUACAUAAUGGGCCAUCCGUUAGCAUAUAACAAUCCAAAUUUAACGUUAUGGAAAGAUGCAAACUAUUCGCAACCAAAAAACUCAUUAACAGGCGGCUGUUCAAGUUCUAACUUCACCUCAAAAUCAAAAAAAUCUAAAUUGCCCUUUUAA